AGAACCGCAGCCACAAGCGCACUCAUGUCAAUAUCCAUUAGGAUGCUCUGCUCGUGUACAUAGGCUGCGUUUGGGCUAAUUCUUUCAGAGAUCCGGAUUUACACGUGAACCUGUUUAUUUGGAGCGUUUCCCUUUUCCAGCAUCCCUUGGAAUAUCUGUAUGCUGUGACCUUGCACUGAAUGUCCUUACAAACGGAUCUUAAUCCCAGAACGGACAAUUAGGACCUGAACUGCAAAGAUGGAUAUUGUAACACAUCUCAUCAACGACACUAUUGAAUUCUACAAAUGGGGCCUUACCAUUGCAGACAAGCGUGUGGAGAAAUGGCCACUGAUGGACUCUCCUCUCCCUACGCUGGCCAUCAGCUCCUCCUACCUGCUCUUCCUCUGGCUGGGGCCAAAGUUCAUGCGGAACAGGGAGCCCUUUCAGCUCAGGAAGACCCUUAUUGUCUACAAUUUCAGCAUGGUCAUUUUUAACUUUUUCAUCUUCAAAGAGCUCUUCCUUGCAGCACGGGCAGCAAACUACAGCUACCUCUGCCAGCCAGUGGACUACUCGGACGACCCUAACGAAGUCAGGAUGGCAGCUGCUCUUUGGUGGUAUUUUGUCUCAAAGGGAGUAGAGUACCUGGACACAGUGUUUUUCAUCCUACGUAAGAAGUUCAACCAUGUCAGCUUUUUGCACGUUUAUCACCAUUGCACCAUGUUCACCCUGUGGUGGAUUGGCAUCAAGUGGGUUGCCGGUGGGCAGUCAUUCUUUGGUGCUCAUAUGAAUGCAGCUAUCCAUGUUCUUAUGUAUCUCUAUUACGGGCUGGCUGCCUGCGGGCCAAAGAUCCAGAAAUACUUGUGGUGGAAGAAGUACCUGACAAUUAUCCAAAUGAUCCAGUUCCAUGUUACUAUUGGCCACACCGCUCUGUCACUCUAUACUGAUUGCCCCUUCCCUAAAUGGAUGCACUGGUGUCUGAUUGGCUAUGCCCUCACCUUCAUCGUCCUCUUUGGAAACUUCUACUAUCAGACCUAUCGUCGCCAGCCCCGUCGUGAAGGUCCAUCCAAACCAGGCAAAGCUGUGUCUAACGGGGCUCCUAAUGGAAUGCUGGCAGCCAGUAAUGGAGUGGCUGCCAAGAUGGCAGAGAAGCCUGCGGCGGCAGAAAAUGGGAGGAGGAAGCGAAAGGGCAGGGCCAAGCGUGACUAGAGCAGAGAGGGCAGAGAAACAGGCAGGCUUCCAUACAGACACUGUCAAGACCACAGGCUAAAUAGGUGAUGGGAGUGAAAGGACAUUGGUAGAGAACCAGUAUCUGCUGAGGGACGGCUGGGAUGGGGCCCUGCCUGUUUGGAGGAAGCUGUAAGGUUGACAGCACUGUGUAGGAGGUGUUCUUCACCACCAGGCCUGGUGGAUCUAAUUAGAAAUAUUUGUUAAGAACAAUUUUUUUUCUCUCUCUCCUUACAGCCGAGUGCUUUUGCUGGCUGUAUGCGUAAGCAUCUCUGUAAGGAGAACUGACCGAUCCGUGCUCCACCCACAAAUGUUCUUUUGUAGCAGCUGUUGAUAGAUUGGACAAGGUUUACAGGAUGUUGGCAAAAAUACCAUUGAACCUAAUGAAUGGAGGUUGAAGUUUAGAAGUUUAGAGCCAUAGCUUAGGUUUCCGGUUUAAAAUGCUAUGCUACUCAGCUGGAUUUUAUAUAUAUAUUAACAUCAGCUCAAUUAUAUAACAAAAAACUACACUUGAUCUAUUCCUGCAGUGUGACCUUUCACAUGCUUAAAAAUAAUAGCAUUUGAAAUUGAUGUAAGUAAGCUGAGGGCAACAAUUUCUCAUUAGGUUGGAAAGGAUUUCUUCCGAUAUUCUGUAAAGCCAGCCCAAGUACAUAAGUUGCUAUGAAUGAACACAUGCAGUCGUGGGCAAACGUUUGAAUACUCCCAACGAAAUUUGAUGAAGUUUUGCUGAUUUUCUAAGUGAAACACAUUAGUAUA